UGUUUGAUGGUCUUCCUCCGUAUGUGCUCGAGCCCACGUCUUAGCUAAUGAGUGAUCGCAUUCCCGCCACGGUCCGUUCUUUGAGCUUGCAUUCUCCGCGUCCUGGUCCGUGUCGUUUCUGCUGUCACCACCGACGCACCGUCGGAGUGCAGCCUGCACCUGCCGCCCUUGGAGCUGCUUCUCUGCUGCUCCGGAGGCCUCGUCAUGUCCGUCGAUAAAGUGUCACCAUCAGGAGACGUGCAGCAGGCUUCUGACGCCACGCUUGAUUCUCCCUCCGGUGCUGGGGCCGCAUCGGCCAAGGGCCGCCAGUCCGCCCCCGGUCACCCCUCUGCUCAAUCCACCCACUCCACCGUCUCGCCCGCUCGAGGCUCUGCGGUGAACGGACUGGAGUCGCAGCCCAUGACUGCCACUAUGUCAUCCUCUUCAGAGGUCGCCGGUAAUGACCCGGCCAGCAACUCCAACACCCCUGCGCCUUACGGCACUCGAUCCCGAGGUCGAAACGGUGCCCCUCGACCCAAUUACGCAGAGGACCGCGAUAUCGAUAUGGAACUCGAGUUGACCAGUCCGGCGCAGAAGACGGGCAGUUCGAAACGCGGUGCCACGAGCGGUCAGAUCACCGCCAAUGGCUCCCCGGCCGCGGAGCAGGAGAAAACGCCUGCGGGCAACACGCGACGGGGCCAGGCCCCCGUGAAUGGCACCAACGGCGCAACGAACUCCAAAGAGGCGAUCCCAGGCACAUCGACUUUCUCUGCCAACCCAAAUGCUGGCAACGGGGGAUCGACAGCGUCACGGAAGCGCAAACAGCCCGCCAGCGGGACUGGCUCGGCCCCCGAAAACACGGCGGGCUCGUCGAAGAAAAUCUUUACCACGGCCCCAGAAGGUUCUCGUCGGGCGAAUGGUUCCAACAUGAUGACCUUUGAGACACAUGGUGCUUACUUGAAGAAUGGGAAGCUGAAGGCGGACGAUGGGACGGUCCUUGCAGUGAACGAUCAUGUCUACCUCAUUUGCGAACCACCCGGCGAACCAUACUACCUGGCGCGGAUCAUGGAAUUCCUGCCAUCGAAGGAGGAUCCCAGCGGACCCAUUGAGGCGCUGAGAGUGAAUUGGUACUACCGGCCCCGCGACAUCCAGCGCAAAGUGACCGAUUGCCGUCUCGUUUUCGCCUCAAUGCAUUCAGACACAUGCCCCCUGACCUCGUUACGGGGGAAGUGCCAAAUCUUACAUACGUCCGAGAUUGAGGACUUGGAUGAGUACAGGAAGACGAAGGAUACUUUCUGGUUUGACAAGAUGUUCGACCGAUAUAUCCACCGCUACUACGAAGUGAUCCCCACAAGCAAAGUGAUCAAUGUGCCCGCGAACGUCAAAAAGGUGCUCGAUGAGCGCUGGAGAUUUGUGCUAGUCGAGGUGGGCCGACGGAAGGAAUUGACAAGCGCCGUCAAGACCUGCAAGCGCUGUAAUGGCUACGCUGCUAGCACGGAUUCCGUGGACUGUGCGGUCUGCAAAUCUACCUAUCAUAUGUAUUGCGUGCGACCAGUCCUGACAAAAAAGCCCGCUCGAGGUUUCGCGUGGGCUUGUGCUGCGUGCAGUCGAAAACACGACCAGAAACUGGAAGCUCGAAACACGCCUUCACUGGGCGAAGGAGCUGGGGAAGCGGAAGAGGAGAUUCUCGACGAAGAGGAGGAGGAUACGCAGGGAGCGCCCAAUGGCACUGGUGUCAGCACUCCUGCAGUGGCAGAAGAGAGUCUUCCACAACCAGCCACUUCCGAUCAGAUCGCCCAAUCUCGAAUGUGGCCGUAUCGCUAUCUAGGAAUCCACUGCCGUGUUGAGGAUGCCCUGGAUUACGAUGACCGGAUAUAUCCGCGAGCGAGUUCACGACUGGGACCGCGCCACCAGGCGAACGUAGGUCCGUGGUACGGACAUCCCGUCGAAUACGUGAAACCUGCAGAUGUCAGGAAGAAAUAUGCCAAGGGAGCGGGCCGCAGUACGGUCAAGUUGUCCAAAGAUGCCUUGGCCGCGAUCGAGGCAGAAAAGCAGGAAAGGGCCAAACGGCCGAAGUGGGUCAUGGACGAACCGACUGGAUAUGUACGCCGUGGAGAAGAUGAGCCGGUGACCGUGGCCGGGAAGCAGGUUCGUACGGCAGAGCUGCUCUGGAAGAUGCCAGAGGCUUCUCAGAUUCCCAGCCGUGGUGAAGAUGAUGCGCCGGGUUCGGAGAUGAGUCUCGCAGAACGCGAAAAGUUCGUUGACGACUAUAUGGAACGAGCCAAGGAAAUCGCACCGGAGAAAGGGCUGGAGAAGUAUUCUACGAACUUCCUCGAUAAAGCGCUGCAGUUGCUCUAUUCAGAGAGCUUCAAUGCAGAGGCCGCUCUUGCGAAACUGAAGCAAGUGAACAAAUACACCCAGCUCAAGGAGCCCCAUCUUCGUCCCGAAGAAGUUAAAGUCUUCGAACAGGGUGUGGCAAAAUAUGGAUCGGAGCUGCGUCUUGUUACGAAACAUGUCGGCACCGUUCCGCACUACCAGAUUGUCCGUUUCUACUAUAUGUGGAAAAAGACGCCUCGAGGCCAGCAAAUCUGGGGCAACUACGAAGGACGACGAGGAAGGAAAGCCGCCAAACGGGCCGAUAACAGCACAGCGAAAUUGGUGGACGAUGUGGCCGACGAUCAGGACGAUUCCGCCUUUGACAGCGCAAAGGCCGUCGAGAAGAAACGUGGCUUCCAGUGCAAAUUCUGCAAUGCAAGGAAUUCCCGGCAAUGGCGACGUGCGCCUGCUGUUCAGCCGGGUACGACGGUCCCGGCUGAGCCUUCGUCCAAGCGCGACAAGGGCUCGCAACUCAUGGUCGCACUGUGCCUGCAGUGUGCCGUGGUCUGGCGCAAGUACGGACUGCAGUGGGAAGACAUCAAUGAAGUUUCGAAGAAGAUUUCCCAGGGUGGAACCAAGGCCUGGCGCCGUCGCGUUGAGGAAGACUUGCUUUCCCAACUGCUUGUGGCCAUCGAGACGCCGUACGAGCUCAGCCCUACUACAGCAUCGGCCGCAGCGGCUCUUGGCAUAAAUGUCAGUACAAUAACGCCCCCCGCAGCACCGACAGAAGCGCCAAAGAAGAAAGCGAAAACGACCGACAAAGAUAGUGCUCCCUCGACUGGGACUUCGGUGGAGCCGGCCCCCAAGAAGAAACCGGCCCCUGAGAAAGCACCGGAGCCCCCGCAAAUCGUGCCCGAUCCCCCCAAGGCCAAGACCCUGCCCUGUGCCAUCUGUAACAAGAUGGAUCCUAUGGGCGACCAGCAUCUGUCCUGCCGGGAUUGUCGUCUUACCGUGCAUCGCGGCUGCUAUGGAGUCAGCCCUACGCGAAACUGUACGAAAUGGUUUUGCGAUAUGUGCUUGAACGACAGAAAUCCUAUGAUUUCGACGUCGUAUGAAUGUGUCCUUUGCCCAGUUACAUGGACCGAACAUGAGCUGAUGGAACCGCCCAAGUCGACGCACAAGAAAAAGACGGACAGAGAGCGAGAAAAGGAGCGACUGGAGAAGGAGAUGGUCGCUGAAGCAAUCAAGCUCUAUAGACAGAGGCAAGAGGCAGUCGGGAAGCCAAUUGGUCCCAGAGAACCGUUGAAGAGAACUGCAGGAAACAACUGGGUCCAUGUGAUGUGCGCCGUCUGGAAUCCGGAGAUCAAAUUCGGCAACGCGAAGGAACUGGAACCUGCAGAGGGCUUUGGAUUGAUCCCGGCCGACAGAUAUAGAGAAGUCUGCAGGAUCUGCAAGACGAACAAGGGAGCCUGCGUACCUUGUCAGUUCCCUGGUUGCAAUGCUCAAUUCCAUGUUGGCUGUGCCUUCCAAAGCGAAUACACGUUCGGAUUCGACGUGACGCCUGUGAAGAGCUCUCGGAAGGAUUCCAUCAACACCAUCAAGCUGGGUGAAGAGGUGGGAUCUGCUACCGCAGGUAUCUGGUGUCCUGGCCAUGCAUUGCAGACUGUAGUGCAUGAAAUGAGCGAGCCAACAGACCAAGAAAACAUGAAUGCUCUGCAGCUGUUUGCGCAGACCUACAAGCAGGCCGAUCUGACUCUGACGGGAACUGUGCGCAAGGCGGCACAUGUGCAGCAGUCGGUUGGUGCUUCAACGCAGAAUGGCACAACGCCAGGAAAUCGUCGGGCGUCGACUGCCAAUGGCACAGUAGUGUCUCUUCAAAAGGAUGGUAGCAAGAGUUCGCGGACUUCCCCAGAGGAGGCAUCGGACGAGAUGGUCAUCGAUUCUGAGGGGCAUACGGUGUCGCACCCUCCUGCGGCAGCAGAGGCAGACAAAAAAUGCUUCCGUUGCUCUACAAGUGUCAGUCCAAGGUGGUGGCCCGUUGAAAACACGUUACGAGGAACCGUGGGCAGAAACGGUACACCCUUGAUGAAUGGAGUCACCCUGAGUGAACCGGGAGACGCGAGAUAUCCAAGCGCAAACUCGGCCAGCCCUUCAUUCCAUACUCCUAGCCUCUCCCAGAGCUCGCUUCCUAGACUCAAUGGAGACUUCAGUACACCGGACAAGCCUGUUGUUGGUACACCAAAUGACGUUCAUCGGGCACCUGCGCAGUCGAGCGCUGUGUCCUAUGAAUGCCACAAAUGCCACAUUAAAAAGCCUGUGGUCCAGUCUUCCCCAGAGCUUCGACCAUCUCCUUUCUCCUCCCAGGGAGCGCCAGUUCUUCCUGCUCCGCGACUUGCAGAAUAUCCCCCGGUUUACGGACAGCAGUCGCAUCACCUCCAGCAGGGCGUACUCCCCCGGCCUAUAGGUGCAAGUCCCCAUAGCGCGUACCCUGGAUAUGAACAACGACCGAGCGAAUAUGGAGAUCCCAAUCUUCGUAACGGGAUUCCCCCGAGCGGACCGCAACCCAACGGCCUGUCUGGCUAUCACGCCCCGCCUCCGCAGCACAUGAACGGUUAUGCCGCACCUCCUCAUCACGCACCUCCUCCCCCGCCGCCGCCGCAUUAUGCCAACGGCGUGCCGCCACCACCCCCUCCUCAUGCCUACCCGCCGCCGCAUCAGAGCCCGUAUGGCCCGGUUGCUGUGCCCUCGCCUCGUCCGGUCCAUGCUCCAGGACCACGUCCAUAUGGAGCUUCUGCCUCUCCGCCGGAUGUGCACGCGACCAUGGUGCGCCACUCUCCUCAGCACUCCCUGAGCGGUGGCCCUCCGCGAAUGUACUCUGUCGAUCGUGUCCUGAGCGCACCAGCCCACUCGCCAUCACUGCGGGGCAGUGUUGAUCCUCAGCUGCCCAGCACCCCAGGCAAGCCCGAGGACCAGGCGAACGCCCAAGCGAGACCAACAAGCAGUAGUCGGUAUGCCGGCGCCAACGGAACGAGCACUGCAUCGGGAGCGAGCGCAAGCCCGUCCUUAAAGAACCUUCUUUCAUAAUCGAUCGAUACGAGUUGUGUCUAAGAAACGGCAGUUCCGAGACAAUGAGACGAUGGCCUUUAUCAAAAAAUGAUCUCCAUGUACGAUACCUGCGCUAUGUUCACUUUUUUCUUCUUUUUUCUUUGAUUUUUCUUUGCUUUCGUCUUAUGCACAAGAGGGGGGUGGCA